AUGUUGUGGCCCUUCAGGCAUGGAAUUUCUGGAGGGAUUUUCCAGCAAAGAGCCUUGAGAAAGCCAACGUUUAUCAACUCGCUGCUUGGACAUCCCGUAUUUCAGAACCUACACAUAAAAGUUGGAGACAAAGCUGAACUUAGCAAGGUUUUUACACAGAAUGAUGUAGUUACUUUUUCUGAUUUAACAGGUGACACAAAUCCUUUGCAUUUAAAUGAAGAGUUUGCAAAGAAGUCUAGGUUUGGGAGAACUGUUGUUCAUGGAGUUCUGAUCAAUGGACUUAUUUCUGCAGUUCUGGGUACCAAAAUGCCUGGUCCAGGAUGUAUAUUUCUUUCCCAGGAGAUUCGUUUUCCAACUCCUUUGCAUGUUGGUGAAGAAGUCACAGCUGCAGCAGAAGUGAAACGACUGAAGGGUUCUGUUGCUCACAUUUCUGUAUCAUGUCAGGUCAGAGAAAGUGGGAAAACUGUUAUGGAAGGGAUGGUGAAAGUCAUGGUGCCAGAGAGUUAGAGCUGUUCAUCAUGUGCAACUUCAGUAUAAAAACCAGAACCAAUGUACACUUGGAUUUGAUUAUCAUUUUAUGUGACAUCACUGAAACCAGUAAAUUUGCAACAGAAACCUUUCAAAAUGUCUCAAAGUGCACAAACUUAACCUUACUAGAACUACAUUAAAACUGGAACUUCUCCUUGUUUCACUGUGAUGGGUUUCACUGCCAGUGUGAAACCAACAGAGCUAGGCACUAGCUGUGACCAAGUGACAUUUAGACAAGCCUUUGUGCUGCUGUAGUGGGAAGUUUGGGCUGGUGGGACUCACAUUGAGGCUGUUCUUUCUGGUAAAAUCUCAGUCCUCACCAGCAAAGUUCAGUUAAAACUCGUUCCUUCUGUACAAAACAGCUGUUUUGCCAACAAGCACUGGGGAGGAGACAGUUCUAUGUUUAAAAGUGGAACAAAAAUGAGGUAUUGGAGUACACGUGUCCUGCAAAAUGUGUUGUAAUCUGUAUGGCAGCUCCAGCUGGUGUUUCUUCGAAACUUGCCUCCCAGAACAAGAGUGAAGGAGGCUUUUAAAAAAUUUAUAUUGUCACAACUUGUACUUACUGUACUUGUCCUCCCGAGGGCAAGACAAGAUUUGAGUACUAACUCUAUGGCUUCUCUCUCCUUGCUGGAGUGUGUGAAUAUGGAUUUUCCUUUGUCCACUGAAAGUACCUUGGUAGAAUAGACUUCUGGAAGAUUCAUUACUAAAUCAUCUGGGUUAAAUUA